AUGGUUGCUAUACAAGGUCCUAUAGCCAUGGCUGCUCAUCAUAUAUGUUUGCAAGUUUGGUUGGUUGUUUCUCUUAUUAUAGAUGCAUUGGCAGCAUUUGGUCAGGCGUUGAUUGCUAGUUCGGUUUCAAAAGGGGAUUAUAGAUCCGUGAAGGAUAUCAUAUACUUUGUGUUGACUCUAUCAUGGCAACCUUCAACAGUAGUUUUGGAUCGACACCUUCUAGCAGAAGAUAUCGUGUACGUGUUCUUGUGCUGCUAUUAUGGAUUCAGGAACAUCCUUGCUUACUGGUCCAACUGUAUGUAUCUCACGUAA